UUACCCACUUAAUUAGCCCUUCAUCACACCCUAAAUACAAGUCUUGUUUUGGCAUAAUAUUUCCCCCAACGAAACACUCGUCCAUAAAACUCACAGAGACAAACCAACAACGUUAAUUAGGUUUAACAGCGCAGCUGAUCGAUCUGGAGGGACAAUCAAUGGCAGCCUGCGAAAACCCCCAAAACAUCCUUGAUAAGCCAUUGCCGGAGAUACCCACGUUUCUCGGCCCCCUUUCGCCGUCAUGGAACCCCAUUGCGGCCAUUAAGCCCCUCCAGAAAUCAUCCUUCGCCGAGAUUUUUGGAGAAUUGCUGUUCAAAGAACAACAUCAACAACAACCUCAACCUCAAUCAUUCUCUUCCUCUGUCUUUUCCCUCUACUCCGAUUCCUCUGCUUCUUCUUCUUCUUCGUCUUCUUCUUCUACUUCUUCUUCUUUAUCUUCUUCUUCUUCUUCGGCGGCGUCCGACAUCGAGGCCGAGAUCGAAAUGUUCAACAAUGAAACCUGCGGCGGCGAGGAGAUGAUGAUUAACAAGAGCUCCGAGGUUGUCGACCCGGAUGAGGCGGAGCUGAUGAUUAGCGAUUUGGGAAUUGAGGAAAGGGCGGCGGCGGUUGUUUGCCGCCGGCAUUUAUACGCGGAGAAUCGAUGCAGCGAGUGGAAGAGAUCGAAGAUGAUCAGAGCGGCGUUUCCUCCCCCAAUUUCUUGCAUAGGGCGGAGCGGGAAGCCGUGGGUGCUGUUCAAAUCGUACCGAGGAGACGGGCGGUUCAUUCUCAAGGAGAUCAGAAUCCCCACGCAGGAAUUCAUGCAUGCAUGCAGAAAAGACGGGCGCUUGAAGCUGCAUAUUAUCCAGUCCGACGAUGAAAUCCCCGACGAGGAUGAAGACGAGGAAGACAACAUAGAUAUCCUCGAUGAUGACACCACCGAGGAUGACGAAGAAAUCUUGUUGCAGCAAGUCAGCAACGUCCUGGACUGUGCUGAAUAAGAAUUAAUUUCUUUUACAAAACAUGUGGAUAAUACUGCAGCCAUUUUAUUUACAAAAUAUCAAAGAUAAACGAAUUCAAGUCAUUCAGCACAUUGGUAACUUCCCAAGAAUUCAAACUUGGAACACUCAAAUUGAGAUGGCUAAUCUACGACUUUCCAAAGUCAAUUAUCCAUGCCGAACAGGAAUUGAGGAAAUAAUAGA